AUGAAUCCUGGGUUAGCGGCACUGCGUCGGCUGAAUAAGCCAACAAUCCAACCCUUUCACUACUUCGACCCGCGCAGCCCUCAUCCGCGAUGGCGACCUGCCUUCACUCAAACAGACGUCGACGCAACACAACAGGGGUCACCGACCAACACAGACAAACUUCGUCUCCUCUCUUGGAACAUCGACUUCUCUACUCCGGCCCCGACAGAGCGCAUGACAGAAGCCCUCAAAUAUCUGAACAAGCUACAAAACGAACAUGACAAUCGCAGGGGCCCACCCACGGUGAUCUUCUUCCAAGAGAUGGUCCACUCGGACCUCGAACUCCUACAAAACGCUCCCUGGAUACAGGAGAAAUUCUACCUCACCGACAUAUCCGACCAGCACUGGCGCGGGACAUACGGGACCACAACCCUUGUCGACCGACGGCUGCCAGUAGGGCGGGUAUUCAGAGUCCCAUAUGCUCUGUCUGUAAUGCAGCGUGAUGCUCUGUUCGUCGACAUCAAACUCCAAGGCUCACUCAUCAGGAUCUGCAAUACGCACCUCGAAAGCCUUGCGAGUGGAACUCCUAGACGGGCUGUCCAGCUUAAGCUCGCGUCAGAAUUUAUGCAUGGAUCCACCCCCAGCAGCUCUUUUGAUGAUAGUGAGAAUGCGGGCGCUACUGAUGAGCCACUUCCGACACCCCACGCUGCAAUCAUCGCUGGCGAUCUGAAUGCUUUUGCACCUGAGGAUGUACACCUGCCCAGCGAAUGUAAUCUGAAUGAUGCAUAUCUUGCACUCGGUGGGACUGAAGGCUCCGAGGAGGGUUUCACCUGGGGAUAUCAGUGUCCACCCGAUAUAGACGGUCGAUUUCCCUGCGGACGCCUGGAUAAAGUCCUAUUUUGUGGGAAUAUUGAGGCGCUAUCACUGGCGAAAGUUGGACAGGGUCUGAAGGCACGAGUUGACGGGCGACUGCCGGACGAGUGUGAUGGUGCUACCGAGGAUGAUGAUUUUGAGGAUAUCUGGGUUACAGAUCACUUCGGACUCGCGGCCGAUUUUAAGAUAGUGCCUUUUAGGUCUGCUUAG